AUGGAGGACAAUCUCUUCCUCUCAUCCCGCGGUGCCAUCAUCUUCCCAAAGAAAGCCAUAUUAACAAGUAAGGUGUUGCGAAUGGACAAAGUGAAUGGCGAGAUCAAUCCGUUUAGUCAGCAGGUCUCCAAUCAGCUCCCUGUGAUUGAUACAUCAGCGCAUUACAGUGAUCACCGACCAGAGAUUUAA